UUUUUCUUGCUCACGCUGUUGAGGAAACCUGCAGUUCACAGACACACUACAUAUUUCCUCCUCGACUCUGAAGGUUUUUCUGCUUGUAACAGAUACCAGAGAUGAUAAAACAAGACACAGAAGAGUCUGCCACCCAGGGCGGUGAGGAUGCUCCACCUACAGCAGGAGGGAUGGAGUCACCUGCAGCUGCUAAAGACAGCUUGGACAGCAACAGCCCUGAAGAGUCUGAGCCACAGACGCCACAGACAGACACAACUCCACAAGGUGAUGAGGCAGGAAGUGAAGUCGCAGAGGGAGCACUUCCAUGUGACAUGGCCGAGGAGCUGAGCCGUCAGCUCGAGGACAUCCUCAGCACCUACUGUCGGGAAAGCAUGUCAGACGACGCCAGCACGGUGCCCAACGGCCAGUCACACAGCCCAGAGCUCAACGGGCUGACCAACGAGAGGGAGGACGACAAGCCAGAGGGCAAAGUCAACGGAGCCGGCAACGGCGUGGAGAAGGAGCAGAAGAAGAGUCAGGAGAAGAAGAAAGUGAAGGGUCUAGGUAAAGAGAUCACUCUCCUCAUGCAGACUCUGAACACACUCAGCACCCCAGAGGAAAAGCUCGCAGGCCUCUGUAAGAAGUACGCUGAACUGCUGGAGGAGCACCGUAACACCCAGAAGCAGAUGCGAGUGCUGCAGAAGAAGCAGAACCAGCUGGUUCAGGAGAAAGACAACCUGAGGAACGAACACAGCAAGGCCAUCCUGGCUCGCAGCAAGCUGGAGAGUCUCUGCAGGGAGCUGCAGAGACACAACCGCUCACUCAAGGAGGAGGGGAUGCAAAGAACGCGUUUGGAGGAGGAGAAGAGGAAGGAAGUGACCUCCCAUUUCCAGGUGACGCUGAACGACAUCCAGGCUCAGAUGGAGCAGCACAACGAGAGGAACGCCAGUCUCCGACAAGAGAACACGGAGCUGGCUGAGAAGCUGAAGAAGCUCUAUGAGCAAUACAAACUGCGAGAGGAGCACAUAGACAAGGUGGUAAAGCACAAAGACCUGCAGCAGCAGCUGGUGGACGCCAAGCUGCACCAGGCUCAGGAGCUGCUGAAGGAGUCGGAGGAGAGACACGACAGAGAGAAAGAAUUUCUGCUGAAAGAAGCAGUGGAGUCUCAAAGGAUGUGUGAGCUGAUGAAGCAGCAGGAAGUUCACCUCAAACAGCAGCUGUCACUUUACACAGAGAAGUUUGAAGAGUUUCAGACCACUUUGUCCAAAAGCAAUGAGGUCUUCACCACAUUCAAACAGGAGAUGGAGAAGAUGACCAAGAAGAUCAAGAAGCUGGAGAAGGAGACGGCCAUGUAUCGGUCCAGGUGGGAGAGCAGCAACAAGGCUCUCCUGGAGAUGGCAGAGGAGAAAUCUGUGCGGGACCGUGAGUUUGAGGCACUCCAGGGUAAAGUCCAGCGGCUCGAGAAGCUGCGGCGGGCUCUAAAAGUUGAACGCAACGAGCUCAACAAGAAGGUUCAGAACCUCAGCGGUCAGGAUGGAGGCACAGCAGGAGCCCCCACCUCCGACCCAGGGACUGACUCCCCCUCUCCACCACCUACAGACUCUUUACUGGAGCCCAGCGGCCACCCUGUCCCAGACACCACCCCCUGCUCCCAGUCCUGCCACUGUGAGCCAGAACUGGACACAGACAGCCUACUAGAAGAAGCAAAGGCUCUGCCUGUGGCUGCACAGGAAUGAAGCACCGCUGCUCUCAGUCUCCUCUUUCCCCUCCAGCAACAAGCCACCUAGCAAGCAACAAGCCACCAGCCUGCAAGCACCCACUCCUCUGCUGGAUGAAGCUCAUCAGAUAGCAAGGGUAACUUGUGUCCUCCCAGCAUGCUCUGCAGGCGCUAUGAAGGUGAUGAGAAGAUUGUGCCUCGCCUGUCAGUACAUUUACACGCACACAGUAACUGACUUACAGUGAACAACCUUAUUAAGAUAAUAGUUUGAUUAAAGCAUUUACAUGGUUUGCAUCUUUCCUGCAGUAAUCAGAUGCUGAUGACUCAUUCAUUAGUCUGGUUAAUCUCCACAAGCAGACUACAGGAGACAUGUUAUUGGCUCCACAAAGUGGUGUUUGUUUUACAAGUUGAUAAAUGAAUUAAUUUAUUAGUUGUAAAAUGACCCCAAUUUUUGUGGCACUCCAAAAACAUGUGACACAUGCUGCUGUUUGAAUAGAAACAUGACUUAUAGUCCUCUGCCUCUCUGGAAUACGCCUCAGAAGAAAUCAGACAUGAGGGCUCGACAUAACAUAGGAAUUAAAAAGAGAAGUGACAAGUUAUUCAGCUCUAAUGCUCGCUCCAACAUAAGGGGGAUUUAUACUUGUACAGCAGACCUUUCGCCGUAGCCUACGUACGUGGCCUACACCGUUGUGAGCCUUUAUACUUGUGCAGUGGUGUGUCUGUGUCACUCUGCAGUUACACAUCCUAAACAGUAGUCAGUGAUGGAGUUUUUGUGAAGUGCUGUAAAGUUAAGUUGAUUCAAAACACACAUUAAACACACAUUAAACACACAUUAAACACACAUUAAACAUGGCUUAAUAGAGACAGUUUCAAACAC